AUGCCCAUGCCAUCGCUGAACAUUCGGCCGCAUUUAUUCCUUUGUGUGUUCAUGCGAAAUGCUCACGGAAGACAAGCGGAACUGUUGCUGAACGCGGAGUCUGAAACGGACAGAGAAAGAUGGUUAAGCGCUCUCAGACCUCCUACAUCUGCAAAUCCUCUGGAGAAGAUUUAUGCUGAAUGGGACUGCCCACAGGCUGUAGCAGUUCAUAGCUACAAUAAAAACCAAGAUGACGAAUUGUCAUUAGAAGUAGGAGAUAUGGUGAACAUACUGAGAAAAAUGCCCGACGGUACGUUCGAGAAUGGUUGA